ACAUGAUUACACUUCACAUAAGAAAAGAAAUGGAGAGAUUUUCAACAUCCCACUGAAUUUGUACUAAAAUUCAGGUCUGGAUCGCCCAACAAGUAACAGUUAUACUCUUUACCCCGUCUUUCUUUCUAUCCUCCCUGCGAUGAGAUGAUGCCGAAAUUCAAUUCAAAACCCUAAUAUUCUCACGACUCAGGACUUGAUUCGUUUGUGUUUACAUCAAAUCCUGAGAUCCGGAGGUGUGUUUCUCAAUGGAUAUAUUGUUCGCUCAGAUCCAAGCCGACCUUCGAUCCAACGACGCUCUCCGCCAAACCAACGCCCUCCUCCAAGCCCUCCAGCAGUGUGCGGCCGGCCGCGACGUCUCCCUUCUCGCCAAAUCCGCCGUCGAGGAGAUUGUCGCCUCUCCCGCCUCCGCCGUGUGCAAGAAGCUCGCUUUUGGCCUCAUACGUGCCACUCGCCUCACCGCCGAUCUAUGGGAGAUUGUCUGCACUGGCAUUCGCACUGAUCUCGACUUCCCCGACCCCGACGUCACCGCCGCCGCGGUCUCCAUUCUCGCCUCCAUUCCCUCUUACCGCCUCGGCAAGCUCAUCUCGGAUUGUAACAAGGAGAUUUCUAAUUGCUUUGAUUCUCCCAGCGAUAAUUUGCGUUUGUCUAUUACCGAGACCCUGGGGUGCAUUCUCGCGAGGGACGAUCUGGUUACGCUGUGCGAAAACAAUGUCAAUUUGUUGGAUAGGGUCUCUAAUUGGUGGACGCGGAUCGGGCAGAACAUGCUCGACCGCGCUGAUUCGGUUUCAAAGGUGGCGUUUGAGUCGGUUGGGAGGUUGUUUAAGGAGUUUGAUUCGAAGAGGAUGAGCCGGUUGGCGGGGGAUAAGCUUGUGGAUAGUGAGAAUUCGCUUGCGAUCCGGUCCAAUUGGGUUUCAUCGAUGGUGGAUUUUGCCUGGAAGAAGCGGAACGCUUUGAUGGCGAGGUCGUUGGUUUUGCCAGUUGAGAGUUUUAAGGCUACAGUGUUUCCAAUAGUAUAUGCAGUCAAGGCCGUGGCCUCGGGUGCUGUUGAGGUUAUUCGAAAACUUUCGAGGUCUUCCAGGGGUGCCAAUGAUGUGGUGGAUUCAGGGAAUGCAGAGAGGUUUGUGGGAGUUUCCGAUGUGGUUACUCAUUUGGUGCCAUUCUUAGAAUCGUCCUUGGAUCCGGCUUUGAUUUUUGAAGUGGGAAUUAAUAUGUUGUCUUUGGCUGAUGUCCCUGGAGGGAAGCCCGAGUGGGCUUCAGCUUCAAUUAUUGCUAUUCUUACACUCUGGGACAGGCAAGAAUACUCUUCUGCUAGAGAAAGCAUUGUUCGGGCUGUUGUUACAAAUCUACACCUCCUUGAUCUUCAUAUGCAAGUUUCAUUAUUUAAAAGGUUGCUUCUAAUGGUGAGAAACUUGAGAGCAGAAUCGGACCGUAUGCAUGCUUUAGCCUGUAUUUGCCGCACUGCACUUUGUGUUGAUCUUUUUGCAAAGGAAAGUGUGCGAAGAGGGCAGAAACCUCUUGCAGGUACUGAUAUUGCUUCACUUUUUGAGGAUGCGAGGAUAAAAGACGACCUCCACAGUGUAACAAGCAAAAGUUUAUUUAGAGAAGAGUUAGUUGCAUCACUGGUAGAAAGUUGCUUUCAGUUAUCUCUACCCCUGCCAGAACAAAAGAAUUCAGGUACAGAGAGCAGAGUUAUUGGAGCUCUGGCAUAUGGGACUGGAUAUGGUGCAUUGAACUGGACGGAACCAGCUCUAGAAGUGGUGGAAGUAUGUAGGCCUUGUGUCAAAUGGGACUGCGAGGGCCGAAUUUAUGCCAUUGACUGCUAUUUGAAGUUGUUGGUUAGGCUGUGCCACAUCUAUGAUACCAGGGGAGGGGUGAAAAGGGUGAAAGAUGGUGCUUCUCAGGAUCAAAUACUGAAUGAGACAAGGUUGCAAAAUUUGCAACGUGAACUUGUGAAAGAUCUUCGUGAGGUGAAUAAUCCAAGGAUAUGUGCCCGCCUUAUUUGGGCUAUUGGGGAACAUAUUGAUCUAGAAGGUUUGGAUCCACUACUAGCCGAUGAUCCUGAAGAUCCACUGAACAUUAUUGUAUCAAAUGUCCACAAGGUUCUAUUCAACAUGGAUUCAUCUGUAACUACAGCAAAUAGGCUUCAAGAUAUUCAGGCAAUUCUUCUAUGUGCUCAGAGGCUUGGAUCACGUCACCCUAGAGCAGGACAGUUGCUCACGAAAGAGCUUGAAGAAUUCAGAAGCAAUAGCUUGGCUGAUUCUGUCAACAAGCAUCAAUGCCGUUUGAUUUUGCAGAGGAUUAAAUAUGUUACUGGUCAUCCAGAAAGCAGGUGGGCUGGGGUUAGUGAAACCAGAGGAGAUUACCCAUUUAGCCACCACAAGUUAACGGUUCAGUUUUAUGAAGCAUCUGCAGCUCAGGACAGAAAGUUGGAAGGAUUGGUUCACAAGGCUAUUUUAGAGCUUUGGAGGCCAGAUCCUAGUGAAUUAACUCUUUUACUGACAAAAGGAAUUGACUCUACUUUACUCAAGGUUCCUCCAAGUGCACUUACUUUGACUGGUAGUAGUGACCCUUGCUAUGUGGAAGCAUAUCAUUUGACAGACGCAAGUGAUGGAAGAAUCACAAUGCAUUUGAAGGUUUUAAAUUUGACUGAACUUGAACUUAAUCGGGUGGAUAUUCGGGUUGGUCUCUCUGGUGCGUUAUAUUUUAUGGAUGGGUCUCCUCAAGCAGUACGGCAGUUGCGUAAUCUUGUUUCACAGGAUCCAGUGCUCUGCAGUGUGACCGUUGGUGUGUCCCAUUUUGAGAGAUGUGCCCUUUGGGUUCAGGUCCUAUAUUAUCCCUUCUAUGGGAGUGGUGUUGCAGGAGAUUAUGAAGGAGACUAUACUGAAGAUGAUGCGCAAAUCAUGAGACAAAAGAGAAGCUUAAGGCCAGAACUAGGGGAACCUGUGAUUUUGAGAUGUCAGCCUUACAAGAUUCCACUGACUGAGCUUCUUUUGCCACAUAAAAUCUCACCUGUUGAAUAUUUCCGCCUAUGGCCUAGUUUACCAGCUAUUGUAGAGUACACAGGGGCUUAUACCUACGAAGGAAGCGGCUUUACUGCUACUGCUGCACAGCAAUAUGGGGCUUCUCCUUUUCUGAGCGGACUAAAAUCUUUGUCUUCUAAGCCAUUCCAUAAAGUGUGCUCACACAUCCUCCGUACUGUGGCUGGGUUUCAGCUUUGUUUUGCAGCCAAAACCUGGUAUGGAGGCUUUGUAGGGAUGAUGAUUUUUGGUGCUAGUGAAGUAAGCAGAAACGUGGACCUUGGUGAUGAGACGACAACCAUGAUGUGCAAAUUUGUCAUCCGAGCUUCUGAUGCAUCAAUCACAAAGGAGAUUGGAUCAGAUCUUCAGGGUUGGUUGGAUGACCUUACUGAUGGGGGUGUAGAGUACAUGCCUGAAGAGGAAGUGAAGGUGGCUGCUGUUGAGAGGUUAAGGAUCUCAAUGGAGCGGAUAACUUUGCUGAAGGCAGCCCAGCCGCCACCUAAGCCUCCAAAAUCUGAUGAUGAGGAAGAAGAAGAGGAGGAAGAGGAGGAGGAGGAGGUGGAAGGAGAAGGUGAGGAUAAGAAGAAGAAGAAGAAGAAAAAGGAGAAAGAAAAGGAAAAUGGUGAAGAAGAUGGUAAAACUAAGGGACCAUCAACCUUAUCAAAGUUAACAGCAGAAGAGGUUGAGCACCGUGCUCUUCAAGCAGCAGUGCUACAAGAGUGGCAUAUGCUGUGUAAAGCUAGAAGCACCAAAGUUAAUUAACUUCAUUAUUCUUUACGAUGGUUUGGCCAUAUCCUUUGUACUCAGUUGUAUUAUGAUUUUUGGUAUUUUGAUUAGGUAGAUGCCGGAAAUUUGACAAGAGUGGUCUUGUUAUUUUUGUCUUUUUCCAUUUUUUUUUGUCAACUUUAAAUAUCUUGUACAUCUUAUACCAGCUGCUCAUUGGUCUGUUAUUCAUUAUGAGAAAUCCAUUGUUGAGGACAUGAUUUGUUAUUAGUGUUUGGCGUUUCCUUUUUUUUUUUU